GAGUGUACCCAAUCUUCAAGUGGCUUGUCCAAGAUGUGAUAUGGUCCAAGUCUAAGAGGUUAGCAGAACAAAUGGCAAGGAUAGGAGAUACACUUGUUAUCUCGAGAAAAAAUAACUUAGCAAAUGAUAAUAUGCAAAUAAGAAAUAAUCAAGCUAAACCCCGUAGAGAGCAAAACAAUAAUAAUCCAAAUAUGUAA